AGUUUUUUUGAUUCUAUGUUACAGUGUUGUUGCAGUUGUAACAACAUGCACAACACCAGUCCAGAAGGUGAAUAUGGAAAUGCAAAUGGGGCAUAUAAUAAUGAACGAGUCGCUAUUCUUGAUGCUGGAGCACAAUAUGGCAAAGUCAUUGACAGAAAGGUUCGUGAAUUAUGUGUGGAAUCGGUGAUUCUACCAUUAGAUACUCCAGCAUUUAAUAUUAAGGAACAAGGUUAUCGGGCUAUCAUUAUAUCAGGCGGACCCAGUUCAGUUUAUGCAGAAGAUGCACCACGAUACGAUGCUGAUAUUUUUAGAAUAGGAAUACCCGUUUUAGGUAUUUGUUAUGGUAUGCAAAUGAUGAACAAAGAAUUUGGUGGAACCGUCACACGAAAGGAAGGCCGUGAAGAUGGACAACAUAAUAUUGAAGUCGAUCAAAAAUGCCUUUUAUUUAAAAGUUUAGACAAAACACAAACCGUUCUACUUACACAUGGUGACUCGAUUGAAAAAAUAGCCGAUAAUUUUCGUAAUAUUGCAAUGUCCAGUCAAUUUAUUGCUGGUAUAUGUAAUGAAAAAUUACGUUUAUAUGGCGUACAAUUUCAUCCUGAAGUUGAUCUCUCAUUGCAGGGCAAAGCAAUGUUAAAAAACUUUUUAUUUGAUAUUGUUGGACUAACAGGUAAUUUUACCUUACAAAGUCGACAACAAGAGUGUAUAAAAUAUAUCAAAGAGACCGUUGGUAACAAUAAAGUACUAAUGAUGCUUAGCGGUGGUGUUGAUUCUACGGUUUGCGCAGCAUUAUUACAUAAAUCGUUACGUCCCGAACAAGUGAUUGCUGUUCAUAUAGACAAUGGAUUUAUGCGUAAAAAUGAGAGUGCUAAUGUUGUACAAUCGUUACAAAAUAUUGGUUUAAAUGUAAAAGUUAUAAACGCUGCAUAUCAAUUUAGUGGAGGCACUACGAUAAUACCAAUCGAUAGAGGUGAUCCAAACUCUAGAACAAUAAUCACGAAUAUGUUAUGUAGAACAAUGAAUCCAGAGGAAAAACGUAAAAUAAUUGGAGAUGUAUUUGUUAAAAUUGCUGACGAUGUUAUAAAUGAAUUAAAUUUAAAACCCGAUGAAGUGUUACUCGGUCAAGGUACAUUACGACCUGAUUUAAUUGAAUCGGCAUCGAAAUUAGUUAGUACAAAAGCGGAUGUUAUUAAAACACAUCAUAACGAUACGGAAAUGGUGCGAAAAUUACGUAGUGAAGGACGUGUUGUUGAACCAUUAAAAGAUUUUCAUAAAGAUGAAGUACGAACUUUAGGGAGGGAAUUAGGUAUACCGGCUGAAUUAGUUAUGCGACAUCCAUUCCCCGGUCCCGGUUUAGCUAUACGGGUAUUGUGUGCCGAUGAACCAUAUAUGGAACGUGAUUUUUCCGAAACACAAGUUUUAGUGAAAAUUAUGGCGGAAUUUGAUCAGAUGUUACAAAAGAAACAUGCACUUUUAAAUCGUGUGGAAUCUGUUACAUCAGAGGAAGAAAGAUUACAGUUAAGAAAAAUAUCAAAUAAACAACAUUUAGCAGCGACCCUUCUCCCCAUACGUAGUGUAGGUGUACAAGGUGAUUGUCGAUCAUAUAGUUAUGUUGUUGGAAUAAGUAGCGCACAUGAUCCAGAUUGGAAUGAUAUGAUGUUCUUAGCAAAACUUAUUCCACGUGUAUGUCAUAAUGUGAAUCGAGUAGUAUAUAUAUUUGGUGGUGUUGUCAAAGAUCCAGUUACAGAUGUUACACCCACAUGCCUUACAAAGCUUGUUUUAAGUACAUUACGACAAUGUGAUUAUUUGGCAACGCAGGUACUUUUAUCUUCUGGUAGAGCUGAUAGUAUAACACAAAUGCCGAUUGUUUUACUGCCAUUACAUCUGGAAAGAGAUCAAGCUAUGCGAUUACCUUCAACGCAACGAUGUGUUGUGAUACGACCUUUUAUUACACAAGAUUUUAUGACUGGUGUACCUGCAAUACCAGGAAAACAUUUGCCUUUAGAACUUGUAGCUAAAAUGGUAAAUGAAAUAAUGACCGUACCAGGUAUAUCACGAGUAAUGUAUGAUUUAACACCAAAACCACCCGGUACAACUGAAUGGGAAUGAUUAGAUUCCAAAGUGAUUAUUAUUGCUGUAACAAAUUGUGACGACAAAGAUGCUAUUGUUAUAAUUAUUAUGUUAUUUAAAUUAAUGAUUAUUAUAUUAGCGCAACUACAAACAAAUUUUUAUGAGAAUGUGCUGUUGCUUUCUACUACUACUACGUUAAACGUACCAAACAAACCAAAACCAUCCAAAUCAUCAUCUUAUGUCAUCAUAAAAGUAAUCUUUGUAUCAUUUAUCAUCGUCUCACACACUUAUUAUCAUUUUAGAGUGAUAAUAUAAACAAAUUUUUAUUACAACGGAUUAUUUAUAACAUUAUGAAUGUGCUCUGUGGAACUCAUUAAAUAUCCAUAUGUUUGUUAUUUAUGGGUGCAUUUGUUUCUCUCUCAAAAAAUUUAAAAAAACAAAAAUCAUGUUUGCCGAUUUAUUAUUAUUAUUAUUAUU